AUGUAUCUGAGCAGCGUGGCUCCCUUGGAGACGGACGUUCUGACCCUGCAGGUGUGUGUGCAGGUGUGUCGGGGCAGGCACGUCGACGUGGCAGCUGCGUGGAGGGGGCAGUGUUACUGUUUCAGUAACAUCCAGAUGUCGUUGACGUCUAGAACUGAAAUCAGACGAUGUGACACCGCGUGUCCCGGAGACAACGACCAGAGAUGUGGGGACGAGUUUGGCCAGUAUCUAAAUUUACUUGAUAUGCGACAGUACGAAGAUGUUGCUGGUACCUGUGCAGACCUGUACAGGCAGGGGGUCCGCAUCCCCGGACCUUACCUACUGCAUCGGGAUGAGGACAGUUCUCCGCUCGUCCAGAACUGCUUCUAUACAGAGUUGCGAGUGAACGCUGUUCCCCGUCUGGAGCUCGCUCCCGAAGACUGGCAGUAUUGGAGGGGCAACUUCUACCAGUUCUUGGUGGCGUCCCAAAACGUCUUCAGCGUUGACAACGCCGGCUGUUUCAAAGAGGGAGGCGGUUACCUGACGUCUGUACUCUCCCAGGAUGAACUAGACUUCAUUGCUACAACAAUACGAGGAUCUCCGCUCUUUGCUCCCGUUGACCAAUGGCUAGUUGGUCUGACAGAUGUCACACAGUCAGGCUCCCUACGUUGGGCUGGCCCAGUACUGUUUGACAACAACCCGCCCUUCUCUAACCAGUGUACAGCCGCUACACUGUGCUGCGUUGUCCGGACUGAUGACAGUGUCAUUCUCAGAGACUGCUACAGGACGCCAAACACCACAUGGGGAUACAUCUGUAAACAGGAACGUGGUUUCAGAGGCUGCAGGAGGCUCCAUCUCACCUCGAUGGAAUUCCUCCAUAUUGCCGACUCAGGAGACAUGACAGCCUUGUUAUGUAAGGAACUCUGUCGGGGGAACCUGAGUGAGCUUGCUGUGGUGUCUGGUGAGGACUGCUACUGUGUCACAGAGAUCCCUUCCUCGACGGAGUUGAUGACGCCUGACCACUGCGACAUUCCAUGUUCUGGUCAUGCAGACCAGAUGUGUGCAGGAGGGGGCUUGGCGCUGUGGUACAAUGUGGACAAAGAUAAGGUGGAAUCUGUGGAGCUUGCGACAGACUGUGACCAGUUUCUGUACAAUGGUUUCAACACCUCCGACACACUUCUGCUGCGGGUGACAGCCGACAACGGACAAGAAACUCUAACACAUUCUGCUUGCGGCAAGUACAUUUAUUUCGAAAACAGAUGA